CGUACAACAUUUCGCAGUUGGCAUUUUCAGCUGUUCAUUGCACCCAAAACCACUUUUUACUGGAAGCAAAUUUUGCAACUUCGCGAUAAUUGUGCAAUUCGUCUGCAAGCCAGAUGGAAGAAUGGAAUUCGGUGUGAGCUUUAAUCUUAUUGCAAUCAAUAGUUUACGCUAAACUGCUAACUUGCCCGCUACGUUUUCGGAGGGACUAGAAAAUAUGGCCAGUUACCCACACUGCGCUGUGCGCGUUAAAGUCAAGAAAUGCGAACUGAAUCUGCCAUGUGAAUGGCGUAAAUUUAGUGUCGAUCCGCAAAUCACCUCACUGGAAGUGCUCUAUUCAUUGCUUGCCAAAGCAUUUGAUAUUAAAUCGGAUUUCUCUAUCAAGUAUAAAGCCUUUGAUCCAGCAGGCAACGAGAUCUACCUAUCUGUAUUGUCCGAUUGGGAUUUGGAUGCAGCCUUCCUGCGCAUACAUAAUCUCGCCAUACAAACAGCUACGGAACCAUGUCUAAUGCUGCAAAUUGACAUUAAGCCAUUUACGGAGGUGAGGGAAUGGGAUACUGACGCAACAGCCACAACCAGUGCUCUGGCCAAUAGUUGUGGUGGUAGUGGUAGCACGAGUGUCAAUGCACUUUCACCCAGUUUUUCGGUAAAUACGGGUGUACGCGAAGCAGUUUCGCCGCUGCAACAGUCUAUAGGUGCAUCACAAAAAUAUGUGCAGAAUAUGCAAACAAAACUACCGGGACUCAUAAUGAACCAUAUGGAGAAGACAUUUUCAAUUGUGCAAAAGGCUUUCAAUUUGUCGGAGGAGACAAUGGCUUCAUUACCGCCGCGACCACCCUUAGCAGACAAUGAGUUUCGUUUGUUUUUGGACGCGCUGGGACAAAUCAAACGUAACGAUGAAUUACGUAAAGUCAUAUUUCUGGGCGGUAUUGAUCCAAGCUUGCGACGCGUGGUGUGGAAACAUAUUUUGAAUGUCUAUCCGCAUGGCAUGAACGGUCAUCAGCGUAUGGAUUAUAUGCGUAGAAAGGCGGAACAGUACAUAAAGUUGCGGGAUACGUGGAUAAAUGCCGUGAAGCAAGGCUGCAUCGCCGGUGAGUUGUCGUAUGUCACAAGCAUGGUGAAGAAGGAUGUACUGCGUACGGAUCGACUGCAUCCCUUCUACGCCGGCAGCGAUGACAAUCAAAACAUAGCCUCACUUUUCAAUAUUUUAACAACCUAUGCGCUCAAUCAUCCCUCUGUGAGUUAUUGUCAAGGCAUGUCGGAUAUCGCCUCACCGCUACUGGUAACAAUGAACGAUGAGGCGCAAGCUUAUAUCUGCUUCUGUGCCAUAAUGACACGUGUAAAGGGUAACUUCAUGUUGGAUGGCAUAGCCAUGACACAGAAGUUCACGCACCUCACAGAAGCGCUCAGUUUUUACGAUCCCGAAUUUUGGGAGUACUUGAAAUCGCAGCAGGCCGAUGACUUGCUCUACUGCUAUCGUUGGUUGUUGUUAGAAUUGAAGCGCGAAUUUCCGUUCGAUGAUGCGCUGCGCAUGCUGGAAGUGCAAUGGAGCGCAUUGAAGUAUGAGACCAGUAUUUGCAAUGAACUGAAUUUAUUUGAAAAGGAGUUUGUGCCUAUUUCGGAAAGCCCUGCACCUACUAGCUCCAGCUCACAAUCUAGCUCGUAUGGUGCACCAAUUAGUCCCUCCUAUUUGCUGGUGAAGUCGCGUGAAAAUCCCUACACCAAGGUAUGCGCACUUCGCCGACAAAGCUCAUCGGCCUCACUGAAUUCGCUGAGCUCCUCGCUGAGUGCUGGCGGUGGCGUGUUAAAUAGCUUGCGCUUAGACGCAACGAAACGUCUCAAUCAGAGUCUCGAUGAUAAUAUGCCGCGCGCAGUCGCCUGCCGAAGACGGCAUUCAUCUAAAGCCCAUCAAAGCCUAGACGAGUCCAAAAUGCUUUUGCUGAUGGAGGGCAUGGAGGAUGUAAAAAAUGGGGAGGCCAAUAAUUUAACGUCCAAAAGCAAAGAUGAAGAGUGUGCUGCGUUUGUUGAGGAUGAUGAUGUGUUCGCCAGCAGUGAAAGCAGCGCUAAUAAAGAUUCUAAUGACAUUGAACACUUUAUAUUUCAUCCAACAAAUCCAUUCCUAGAAGAUGGCAUUACGAAAGAAGAGGUACUCAAAGUUACGUCCCAAUCACCAAAACAUGCCAAUGUGGCAACGCUAAAAGAAAAUGAUGCAGAUGAAAGUGUAGAUGAAAACGGACUUUUGGCAAAAAUACCACAACUUCCAAAGGGUAUAGCGAAAUUGCAAAAUAAGAACAUCUUAUCGAACUACAACACUGUAAGCAAUAUCAUAGCCAAACAAAUUGCGAAUGCUUCCAACGUGGGUGAUAGUGUGCGACGUGUAAGCAGCGGCGGCGGUGGUCACUUUAGGGAUCUCAAGGAAAAAAUUGCGGCAACGAGCAGAAAAGGCAUAUCCUUCGAUGAGCUCAGCAACACCGAAAAAUCGCAACAGAAGUUGGUGAAAAACUUCAAUGAAUUUCUCAACUUCGCUUCAAUGAAUAAAAAUCGCAUUGCAGACAAGUUUGCUGCGACGCCGCCGACCGUAACUGGCAACAAUGACGUCAGUGUGAACGCCUAUAGUAAAGACAAAUCGAAGACACCUUCACCGACACACGCCUACAAGCCAACAAACGCCCAGACAACACCACACCCGCUUGUGCAGCUAACACGCAGCGCCUUCGUCUCCUCACUCGAUGAAUCCGAUUCAUCAUCGGUGCCCGACACGACAUGGAGCGGCUCUACCGCCGCUACAGCAAUACAACAGACCAACAAUGCUAGUAAUAAUAGUUUGCACAUGGAACUAGCAUCGCUUGGCUCCUCGACCGCACACACACCCGAUCGCACCCCCACAUACGAACGCAAAACUGAUGGCGCAGAAUUAGCGCAAGCAUCCGAAGGCAGCGUUAGCACAUCAGCAGAUGUGAAACACACGCCAACAAAGAACUUGCCCGCAGAACCAAGUUUGACACCUGACGAUAGUCAAGAUCAAGACUAUUACCCGAUGACAACGGCUAUCACGCGUGAGUUGCGCUUAGAGGCGGACAAUUUGGAUCGUCAAGUGUUUGGUGAGCCUGUCGACAAGCAGCCAGCCGUUAAUUACGAAUUUGAGUAUGAAAAACUCGAUAGAGACUCCCUGGACCUUGUCGAGGAUCUCAAAGAAAAUGAGAUUGUGGCAUGUCCCGACAUUAGCGAAUUGCUGAUACGUCGGCGUAGUCGUAAUAGUCGUUCGAGAAGCAGUAUAGAACCGUUACAGCAUGUAACAACUAGCAGCGCUUGGCAAGAUGCUGCUGAGCUACCCAAUACUAUAAUCGACAGUAAUUCAAAUGGCACAGACACAGCGACAGCAGCACAGUCGGCGCGUGGUGCGCUCAAUCCCUUCGUCGAUCCGGCUGUUAGUCCGCUGGCAGAUGGUAUUACAAGCGUUUUGCCCAACAGUAGUAGCUUGCCCGAAGUGCUAGUGCCGAUAUCCACAGACACCGCCAACGCAUCGCCAGUAGAGUUGGCCACCAAUGCAGUUGACGAGAUUGCCUUCACGAAGCCGCCACUGGCUGCUGGCGAACGUGCAGCUGGUAGUGCUUGCGUAGUAGGUGCAAGAACUCAUGUUUUACCACCACCCAACGAAUUCGGUGGUGGUAAUCCCUUCCUGAUGUUUCUUUGCCUAACGCUGCUGCUGCAGCAUCGUCAAACUAUUAUGAAAAGCGGCAUGGAUUACAAUGAGAUUGCAAUGCAUUUCGACAAGAUGGUGCGCAAGCACGAUGUUACGCGUGUGUUGAAUCAAGCGCGCCGCAUGUACAUUAACUAUCUGAAAGAACAAAAUGCGUACAAGCAGCAGUUGCAGCAGGCCGCUGAGGAUACAACAACAAGCAAUGAUAUAAAUAGGAAUUCCAAAUCGCACGAAGUGGCCGUGCAGCAGCGCACAGGCGCAAGCUACAGUGGCACGAUCGGCACGGCAACAAAGUCGUAAAGGAACCAGACGAGCGGGGUUAAAAUCUGUGUGUUCCGGAACAGCUACAAAAAACACCAAAGAAUUUUUUAAUUAACUCACGUAGUUAGCAGCCACGAAUUUGCUAUUUUGUUUUUAUUAUAUUUUUCAUUUUGAGUUUUUUAUCAUUUUCUUUAAUUCUUAUUUAUUUUUUGUUUUUAUUUUGCUAUUGAUUUUAUUUUCAAUAUAUAUUUUUAUUGAUAUUAUUUUUUUUAUAUUGUUAUUGCUUUAUUUUUUUUGUUUUUAUUAUUAUUAACGUUUUGUUAAAAAAAAGAAAUAUUUAGAUAUGCAAAACGCUUUGUGCCCCAUAAGACUUUUAGAUUUAGGCAAUGCAGCGGGUGAGUGAAAGUGAUGCGGUUUAUUUGAGCAUAAAAAACUCAAUGUGCUGAAUAUUUGUUGUGUUGAAUUAAUUAUCGAGAUUUGAUUAUUGACGCUAGGAGAUAGAUUUUCACUGGGUUUAGUUAUGCUUAUUUCUGUUUUUAUAUUAGUUUAUGUUUUUGUACUUAAUAUAGUAUUUAUUGUGUUAGUUCUUGUUGUAUUUUAUUUGUUAUUUUCCGCAUUGCUCUCACUGUCUCCCUGCACAAAUUUUCAAUGUGCGUUUAUAGUAAUUACUUGUUUUAACUUGUACUUAAAUUACAAAUAUUUUUGCACUACUAAUUAGAACACCUUUCAUUACAUUCCAUUUGCAAAGGAAUUUACAUAAAUAUUCAAGGCUUCUACUUUACAAUCAUUCUUAAUUGAACACAUACAUACACACAUAUAUGCGUAAUAUUAGUAAGUUAAGGUUUUUUGCAUAUUACGAUUUCAAUAUUUUUGAUGUGACUAUUAAAAAUUAAAUUAUAAAAAUCUAAUUGAUUUAAAAACUGCAAAUAAAAAUUCUUAAGUACUUCGAUAUAAAAUUAGAUUCGCUUAAAUUGGAUAUGUGUAUAUACAUAUGUAUGUUAUAUACAUAGGGACAAAAUUAUAUUAAUGAAAAAUUAAGACUUAAGUCUAUUGGUUAACUUUAUCACAUAAUCUAUAUGGUAAAUAGUAAGCAAAAUAAAUAAACAUUUACUCUAGCAUAAAAACAAA